AUGUCUCUUCGACACAACAUCCUGCUUGUUCUUUGCGUUUUACCCUUUGCUAAUGCGCUCUACAAGCAAUGGAUUCCGGACACCAAUUUUGAAAAUGCAACCAACUGGGAUAAAGGCUCCAUACCAUGUGGCAGUGACCAAGUGGCGUUUUUAGCUCAAAGGAAAAUUUCAGUGUAUGUAGAAACAGCACACACUAUCACUGGAAUGAGCUUGCCAAUGGACGGAGAACUGAUUCUGGUGUCUGGAGCUGGAUUUUCUGUUCAACAGAGUGGAGACCCUAGUUGUGGAUCUGGUGUCACAGCAGAGUUUAAAGACUGUGAAACUCUCCAUUGGUUCGACCCAUCGCUAUGGGUGGCUGCCACUACUUUUGAUGACCUGCACCAAGGUACAUAUCAGUUUUCAGUCCAUGAGGAGAGUGUCCCAUGCCAGUUUGAUGACGUUGUAUUUCGGGAGGCCACCUCAUUCCGUGUGGAUAUCUCUUCGAAUGAUGUUUGCUCUGUGAAGAGUGUGUCUGUACUUGGGAAGAAGUUCACCAGCAGUUCUGAGUUAUCUCAGUACUUGUCAUCUCCCUCUGGCAAGCUGCAGUUCCAUGGUUCCUCGUCACUUAGCGUUGGUGGUCCAGGUUGUUCUGAUGUCACUGGAUGCGUCUGCGAUAACUCCAGAAAUCGGGACAAGAUCUGUGCAAAUGUCAUAUGUGAGUCGUUGGAUUGCAAGAACCCUCUGCAACCAGUAGGACAUUGCUGCAGUGUUUGUGGUGCUAUUGUAAACAUUCAGUUCACUUCUAACUUCAACUUUGAGUCAUACCGCCAACGGCUUCAGCAUCUCUUUCUCAGCCUGCAUAAGUAUGAAUCUAUACAGCUGGCCAUGUCAAAAGUGUCCAAAGAGCAGAGGCUGUUGGGAGUGAUACCUUUUGGAGCCACUCAAGAGAUCCAGGUCUUGCUUCUAGACCAGAAUACGGGUCAGGAUGUUGGGAAACUGGCAGAAGCUCUUGCUCGUGACAUAGUGAAGGAUGUGCACAACCACGGCUCGAACCUCGGCAUCAACAGUGCAGAGUUCCAGGCAUCCUCAGGAGCGUCUAGCAGCGAGGUAGCCGGGAACAGUGCAGGGGUUGUGGCCGGUGCAGUACUGGGCUCCCUAGUUGUGGUGGCUUUACUAGCAAUCGUUUAUGUCCUCUACCGCCAUGGCAUUGUUAAGAUGCCUCGGUUGCCCAGCAUCCCCUCCCUCAGCAAUUGGAAGAACAAUACUGAUAUUGGGGAACUGGGUGGCCCCUUGGACCACGGCUUUGACAACCCCAUGUUUGAUAAGUCGACAAUGUUGCAGAGUGAACCAGGGCUGUACGGGACAGAGACUAUGAACUCGAUCUCCCUAACCCAGUCAGGAGUGCAUUUCGUCAAUCCUGUUUAUGAUGAAAGUGACUUUAAUGCAUGAUAGGUGUAAUAUCUCCUCAUCUGAUGAUGGAUGUGAUGACAAGGAAAUAAACACUUUGAAAACAUGAUAAUCAUUGAAGUGUUUAAAUCUGCAGAUUUGAAAUAAAAAAAACACGCACAAAAGGACAAUAAAUUGGAUCAAACUUUUCAAAUAUGACUAGACUAGUAGUAAAAAAGGCAGAUGAACAGUAUGUUGUCACGGACAGCUCUCAUUUCAAACCACACAAUCAUAUUUGUAUUGAUUAAAAAAAUUCAAAGCAUGAUUAAGAGUGUUUGUUUCCUCCCUCUAUAUUAUUGUUACAUUAAAGAUUUUAAUUCAUGGGCACCUGAUUUUAACUAGAACAUGUGUAUACAAAUAAAUAAGAAAAUUAAGAGUAAA